AUGACAGUGCUGCUGACGAACCUGGCCGCUCUUUAAAGGGAGACUUUUUUACCUCCACCACAGGACUUGUGACAGGAGCCAAGGAGUCGCGGACAAAGUUACAAGAAACAGCGCUAAAAAAUCAGCAACAACUUCAGUCAUCUGUAGCCGAUCUCUGCCCAGCAGUCAGCGAACAGUAUCAUCACCUGCGGAGAUGAGCAGCAACACGAAGAUGGAGGACGAGGCGGUGCUGGACCGCGGUGCAUCCCUACUGAUACACAAGUGUGACAAGGAUGAAGUUGAGGGUCACCACACCAUUUACAUUGGUGUGCGUGUUCCCAAAACCUCUCGACGUCGGAGGCGUCAACGUCGUAGAUCAAGUCAAAAGGGCAAAAAGGAGAGGUUCAUGGAGAGCGCCUCUGACAAGUGUGACACUGAAAAUGCAGAGGAGGCCAGCACCAGCCUCAUCAGACCUCUGAGUUUGACUGCAGCUGACAGGAUCCGCUUCAUCCUGGGCGAGGACGAUGACGGCCCUACUCCGCCACAACUCUUCACUGAACUGGAUGAGCUGCUGUCAGUGGAUGGAAAGGAGAUGGAGUGGAAGGAGACUGCCAGGUGGAUCAAGUUUGAGGAGAAGGUGGAGAAAGGUGGCGAACGUUGGAGUAAACCUCACGUUGCCACGCUGUCUUUGAGCAGUCUCUUUGAACUGCGGACAUGUAUUGAGAAGGGGACCAUCAUCUUGGACAUGGAGGCCUCCUCUCUUCCUCAGGUUGUUGAGCAAAUCACCGACAACCAGAUCGAGAUUGGUCAGCUGAGAGCCAACCUUAAGAACAAGGUUAUGUACACGUUGCUACGUAAACAUCGCCAUCAAACCAAGAAGUCCAAUCUGCGUUCUCUGGCUGACAUCGGCAAGACGGUCUCCAGUGCAAGUAGGCUGUUUUCCAACCAGGAAAACGAUAGUCCCACUACAACCCACCGUGCAUGCAAAAGCCUGAACGACAUUUCGGACAAACCAGAAAAAGAUCAGCUGAAGAACAAGUUUAUGAAGAAGUUGCCCAGAGACGCCGAGGCCUCCAACGUGUUGGUGGGGGAGGUGGACUUCCUGGACUCUCCAUUUGUGGCAUUUGUUCGGCUGCGGCAAGCUGUGAUGCUGGGAGCUUUGACCGAGGUUCCUGUUCCCACCAGGUUUUUAUUCAUCCUGCUUGGACCCAAAGGUAAAGGCAAGUCUUACCAUGAGAUUGGCAGAGCCAUAGCCACACUGAUGUCAGAUGAGAUCUUCCAUGACAUUGCCUACAAAGCCAAGAACAGACAUGACCUGCUGGCUGGUAUUGAUGAGUUCCUGGAUGAGGUGAUUGUGCUUCCUCCUGGAGAGUGGGACCCUGCCAUCAGAAUUGAACCUCCAAAGUCUCUGCCGUCCUCUGAGAAAAGAAAGAACAUGUAUGCGGGAGGCGAACCUCCGAUCAACGUAGACAUGCCUGAUGAUGAAGGUCACGGUGAAGGAGGAGGACAUACUGUAGGAGACGAGCUGAAGAAGACAGGACGUUUCUGUGGGGGCCUCAUACUUGACAUCAAGAGAAAAACGCCUUUUUUCCUCUCUGACUUCACUGAUGCGAUUCACAUUCAGGCUCUUUCUGCCAUUCUGUUCAUUUACUUGGCAACUGUGACAAACGCUAUCACCUUCGGUGGCCUGCUGGGCGACGCUACAGAAAACAUGCAGGGGGUGUUGGAGAGUUUUCUUGGAACAGCCAUUGCUGGAGGACUCUUCUGUCUGUUUGCUGGUCAACCUCUAACCAUCCUCAGCAGCACCGGUCCAGUUCUGGUGUUUGAACGACUGCUUUUUAAUUUCAGCAGAGAUCACGACUUUGACUACCUGGAGUUCCGGCUGUGGAUUGGUCUGUGGUCGGCGGUUUUCUGCCUGAUUCUGGUGGCCUCUGAUGCCAGCUUCCUGGUUAAGUACUUCACCCGGUUCACAGAGGAAGGCUUCGCUUGUCUCAUCAGUUUCAUCUUCAUCUACGAUGCCUUCAAGAAGAUGUUCAAGCUGGCUCACGAGUACCCCAUCGAUUCUGGAUAUGACAUGGAUUACAUCACGCAGUACGACUGCAAGUGUAUGCCCCCCACUGUUUCUGUGAAUUCUACAGAUGAUCCUAUAGUAAGUCCAUCAGCCUUGGCCUGGAACUCCACUCCAAUAAACUCAUGGUCAUCUCUAUCAAAAACCGAGUGCCUGAUGUACCAAGGGGUGCUGGUGGGUAAGGCCUGUAAUUUUAUCCCAGACAUCACCCUCAUGUCCUACAUGCUCUUCUUUGGCACUUACACCUGCUCCAUGACCCUGAAGAAGUUCAAGACCAGUCCAUUCUUUCCCACUACGGUGAGGAAACUCAUCAGUGACUUUGCCAUCAUUUUGACUAUCCUCAUCUUCUGUGGAGUGGACGUUCUGGUGGGAGUGAACACUCCGAAACUGAUUGUGCCAAGUGAUUUCAAGCCAACGAAUCCAAAGCGAGGCUGGUUCGUGCCCCCUUUCGGAGGAAACCCUUGGUGGGUUUGCCUGGCAUCAGCCCUCCCUGCCCUGCUGGUCACCAUUCUGAUAUUCAUGGACCAACAGAUAACUGCUGUGAUCGUCAACAGAAAGGAGAACAAGCUGAAGAAAGGAGCAGGUUACCACCUGGACCUGUUCUGGGUGGCUGUUCUGAUGGUGAUCUGCUCCUUCACGGGUCUGCCCUGGUAUGUAGCUGCCACCGUCAUAUCUAUUGCUCACAUCGACAGUCUAAAGAUGGAGACGGAAACCUCAGCUCCCGGAGAGCAGCCGAAGUUCCUGGGUGUGAGAGAGCAGAGGAUCACUGGAGUGUUUGUCUUUCUGCUGACAGGACUGUCUGUUUUCAUGGCUCCAAUACUGAAGUUCAUCCCCAUGCCUGUGUUGUACGGAGUCUUCUUAUACAUGGGAGUAGCUUCUCUGAAUGGAGUACAGUUCAUGGAUCGUCUGAAGCUGUUCCUGAUGCCAACUAAACACCAGCCAGACCUGAUUUACCUGCGUCACGUCCCCCUCAGGAAGGUCCACCUCUUCACCUUCAUCCAGAUACUGUGCUUGGCCAUGCUCUGGAUCCUCAAGUCUACUGUGGCAGCCAUCGUUUUCCCUGUCAUGAUCCUUGCUCUGGUAGCGGUCAGAAAGGCCAUGGACUACAUGUUUUCUCAGCAUGACCUCAGCUUCCUGGAUGAUGUCAUACCGGAGAAGGACAAGAAGAAGAAGGAGGAUGAGAAGAAGAAGAAGAGACAAAACGGGAUGGAUAGUGAUGGUGAAGAUUCCGACUACCCUUACAAUGAGAAUGUUCCCAGCAUUAAAAUGGACAUAUUGGAACAGGAGCCUUUCUUAGAUGAUAAGACCUCUGACAGAGACAUUCCCACGACCUCUGAACGACAUACAUCGUGCUAAGAAGUAUAAGUACCAUGUCAACUGCGUUUUCAGCCCUGAGAUGGAGCCACUGAGGUCUGUGCCUGAGAUUAGAAUUGAGAUGUACCCAGACAAUUAAUUGUUCUGGAAGAGCAGAGAAUCAGAAAGGUCUGUGUAGAGCACCAAACCACCAGCAGUACCUGCACUUCUCCACUGACUUGUUCUGAAAUAUUUCUGUUAAACUUCCUAUUUUUUACACACACUGAUCGUGUUAUACUUUAGACUUUAGUCACAGUUUUGCUGGUUUUGCUGAUCACUAGUCAUUGGAGGGGCCUACCUGCUCUUUUUUUUUAUAAAUAUAUAUACCAAUAUCAUUUCUUUAUUCUUCAUUUUUAUACACAUUGAUUUAUUUUAAUAAUUUUACUGUUUACUGUAGCAGGAAAGCUAUGUUCAUAGCUUUACCUCUUGUUUUAGGUUUAAUGCUUAUCGUGAACAACUGCCACAUGUUGAUUAUCGUGGCAGGCGAGAGGAGGGGGGGGGGCUUCUGUAUUUGGGGGUGUUGUGGGUGUUGUUGUCCUUGUUACACAGUUGAUGUCAUCCAAGACACUAUAUUACAGCUUGGGAAUGUGUGCAUUCCUGUAGACAUGUUAUGUUGAUUUACUGUUAAUUAACAUUGCAUAUCUGUAUAUGCAGAUGAUACCUUCGUAAUGCUGUUUUAACUGCUUUAACUUCACUCUAUAAUCCCUCUUCCCCAUGUUCAAUGCAAAUCAACGUAUCCUUGAUCAACGUAAACAUACACAUUUUACUUUGACUGAUGAUUUUAUUACUUUUUUUAUGUUGGUAACAAUUUUAUAUAUUGUUUUUUAUUCUUCUUAUGAUUGUAGUUAAAAUGUCCAUUGAAAUGUUUUAAUCUAAUUUUCCAUUAACUAAAGGUAAAGUCUUUAUUAAAAGGUGAAUCGUUUCUGCUUUAGCUUUUCCCCAAGUCAGUUAUUUAAAAUUAAAUGAGACUGUAAUCCUUGUUUUGCAAGAGAUUUAGAAGAAAAUAUAAGACCCUUGCGGUAACACGUAAGCUUUUUAUUUCAUUAAAUAGCUCGAUAUUGCAAGAUAAAAAUAAAGGGCUUGUUUGCAAACUAAAAUGAUAACACAGAGCGCUUUAAGUCAGAAUCCAAUUAAAUGUUAGAUUAGCUUUAUUUGUUGUAAAUCUGUUGGUUAGUUGUAAACACUGUAUCGUUAUAUUGAAGACAUCAUUUCAGAGAAAACGAGAGUUCAGAGAGUGUUUCGUCCAGUUCUAAUCCCUGUUUGCAAUGUGAAAAAAACAAAAAAAAAUAAGGCCUAAAAAAAAAGAAUACAACUUUUAGAUGUUUAUAAUCCUAGAAAGAAGUUACUUUGAACUUUGAACAAGUACUGCUGUAGUUCUGUGGGUUUGGGAUUUUGCCAUUCACACAGAUGAACCUGGGUUUGUAGCUAUAAGUGAUAACUACUAAUCUACGUCCCACACAAUGUAUGGAUCAUGACUCUCAUAAAACUGAAGGGUGGAAAAAAAGUGAUAACUUGUCUUAAACCAAAACUCUAAUAUGUCUUUUUUGUUUCUUUUAUCAACUGUUCUAAAUAAAUGUCAUGUUAAUGCAACACCACUGCACAGGUCAGCACACAGUUAAAGCAAGUGUGGCACACAGUGUGUCCACUAGGUGGGGUGUUUGAAGUGAGUGAACUCAAAUAUACACAUAAUGUACUGAUUCUUUUUGAUUAUUUUUUUUUAAUUAUUUUUAGAAGAGACGAAAAUAAGGAUUUUAGAAUUAUAUUUUUCAAUGAAAUGUAUGUCAAAAAAAAA